CCACGUCUCUCCGGCGUGCCCGCUCCAACUCUCAUCCAAUGGCCUCGCCGCACGCCGACCCGCAGCAGCACCACGCGUCGGCGCCGCCCCUCCUGCUCGCCGUACGCCGCAUCCCGUACCCGGGGGCCCAGCGGCCGCGCGCGCUCCCCGCCCCGGACCUCGCCCCUCUCGCGCGCCGCCUCGACGAGCUCACCGCCGCGGCGGCCGCCCACCCGCUCCUGAAGCCGCUCUUCGACCUCCGCCACCACCUCUCCACCUUCUCUCAGAGCAGGAGGCAGAGGAUGGUGGCGAUGCGGCAGGCGGCGUGCCCGCUGGCCGGCGGCGAGGGCUGCUUCGCGGCGGUGCUGGGCGGGUCCGUGGCCGGCAUGGUGGUGUCCAACGGCGUCAACAGCUUCCUCAGCCUCUACAACACCGUGCUCGUCAUCCGUCUCGUCCUCACCUGGUUCCCCAACACGCCGCCCGCCAUCGUCUCGCCCCUCAGCACGGUGUGUGACCCGUACCUGAACAUCUUCCGGGGCAUCAUCCCGCCGCUGGGAGGGCUGGACCUGUCCCCCAUCCUCGCCUUCCUGGUGCUCAACGCCCUCACCGGCACCGCCGCCGCGCUCCCGGCCGAGCUCCCCGCCCAGAACGCCGCGUCCGGCUCCCUGCACCCUGACGAGCUCACCGCCAACCAGAGGAAAUGGAUGCGGAGAUUCCGCCCGGGGAAAUCGCAAGAGGCUGCUGGUGCUCGCUAGACUUCAUGCAAUUUUGUGGAGUGCUCUGUAACCAUCAAAUGCAUACUGUCAUUCGGCAUGUCGAAUUACCACUGAGGCCUGUUUUUUCUUCUUCUUCUGAUGAAUGUGUAUGUAGAGGAACCAAAUUGCUUGACUGUAAUGACAUGUUUUUGGUAUCUGAUAAGUUUCUCACUUUGUUGA